UGCGCAGGCGCAGUGCCGCGUAUCAGAGCCGAGAGGUGGGACAGGGGGCAAGCUGAGUCCCUAGAGCUCCGUUACCCAGGUUUCACACACAUAAUUCCAAGUACCAACACGGAUUUUAACAAAAUCUUGGUUCACACGGGCUCAGUACACUCCCCUGAACGUGAUUGGUGAAGUCAGCUGUUGAAGAGGUUUGUGUUCGUCAGUUCGUCUGCUAGCAGAACCUAACUUUUACAGAUAUAGGCUGCAGUGUUAUUAUGGCAGCAUAUAAAAUUGUUUAUUUUGAUACCUAAGCUUCUUGUCAGCUGUUAUCUUAACAAACUUCCUCUCCACUUAAAAAAAGCGAUUUAAAUAACUUGUAAGAAGCUGUCUCUGAUAGUCCAAAUUUGAAAAAUGGCUAGUCGCAUAGUUGCUGCAGCCACAGUAAGGGCUGUCAAAGGAAGGAAACUUUUACCUACAAGAGCUGCUUUAGUGUUGACUCCCAGUGCUGUGGCACGAGUGAAAUCAAUUCUAGAAACCAAGCCGGAAUUUAUCGGCUUAAAGGUUGGAGUUCGACAGAGAGGUUGUAAUGGUCUUAGUUAUACUCUUGACUAUGCGUCCCAGAAAGACAAACUAGAUGAGGAAGUAGUGCAAGAUGGUGUACGGAUAUUUAUAGACAGGAAAGCACAACUGACACUUCUUGGAACUGAGAUGGACUAUGUAGAAAAUAAGUUAGCAAGUGAAUUUGUAUUUAACAAUCCUAAUAUCAAAGGUACAUGUGGAUGUGGAGAGAGUUUUUCAAUAUGAAUAUAGGCAUAAUGUAAUUUAGUUAUCUCCCACUUAACUAAAAUAACUAGUAUCAAAUUAAUACAAAAUCGCAGUUUUAA